CUCAGCUCACCUCAAUACACAAACCCCUCUCUCCUAGCAGCUCCACCCCUUCGAUGCCGCUAGAGUAACGUCCCUGAGACCGGAUCCGUACCCGAGACCAGAUCCCGGUGAUUUGGACGCUAGAACGACCCCGUCUUUUUCAAAGACAAAGGACUUGGGUCAAGGUAUUUAGGGCUUCCUUUCUCUUCUCUUCAAACAAGUAAUAGAUAGGGAGUUGGGUCUUGGUUCUCAGGUAUUAUUUCUUGAACCUACCAUCUGUUUCUGGUUUCACUUGAGCAAUACCUAUUACUUUUGAACGCUUUGCGAUUGUUAUUAUAAUGGCUUCAUCAUGGAGGGACCCGUUUAGGACCUUUCUGAUUGAUCCCAAUGACCUUCCUAGCAAGGCAUGUGAAGUUCUGUACAAGGCCCAUGAAGCAGCCAUUAAGGAGUUGAAGCCCGGAAACAAAGCUUGUACUGCUUAUGAAGCAGCAGUUUCUGUUGUAAAGAAGGAGGCCCCUGAAUUAUCAUGUAAGAUGACAACAAAUACUAGACCAGGCAUUAUCUUUGCACUCCAUGAAUCUGUUUUGGAUCUCAAUGGGCAAAAUGAGCAACUGGUGAAAGAAGGCGAGGUGUUUAAUAUGUCCCUCGGUUUUGAGAACCUGCAGUAUUCCAAGGGAAAAAGAAUCUCUAUGUGGCUAGCAGACACUGUUACUGUACAGAGUGUUAUUCCUGAGGUUCUGACAGCGAAGUGUUCUAAAACGAAUGAGAAUAUUAAAUUACCCUUAGCUGACAAUGGAGGAGAAAGGCAGCCAGAGUUCAUGAUAUUUGAUGAUGAUGAUGUAGAAACCUGCAAAAAACGGAAAAGAAGAGAGAUGGAGGACUUGGAAGAAGCUUAUAGUUUACAGACCCAAUUGGAUGCAAAAGUUAAUGAUAUUGAAGCGCUUAAUAUCAAGUUGGAAGAGAUCAAUGCUGGAAGAGAAAAAAAUAAAAGUGAGGAUCAGGAAGCCUUGACAGCUUUACAUGUUCAUGAGAAAAAUAUAAACAACAGAUUCAAGAAGAUGGAGUUGGCUAGGAAAGCUCAAUCAGAAUUUAACGAAUUGGAUGUCCUAUUUGAUGAAUUUGAUCACCUGUAAUUAGUCUUUACUUGGGGUGGGGAUACUGAAGAGAAGAAGAAUCGAAGUAGAACAAAGAUCCUUGUUAUAUUCUUUACUUAGGUGGUUUGAGAUUAGAUUUCGUUUAGUUAAAGUGAGUCUGUUUUGAUUGGGUAACUGAGGUAAGUAGUGGCUGGACGUGGUAUAGAGUAGUCAUGGAGGUGAGGUUGUAGAGUUUGUUGGCUAUAGAGACGCGGUUUAUUGGCCUUGACAAGACAGAUUUACUUGGGCUGUUCUUAUUCUUUUUGUUCAUUUUUCUUAGUUUUGAUGUAGUGACUUCAAUAGUUUUGAUAAUACUUUUGUUAUAUAUCUUUUCUUCUGUGAUUUGGCUUUUGAAAUUUAGAAUUUUGGUUAGCUUCUGAAUUAA